GUUUUAUUGUUUGGUAUUUUUGUAUUUCAGGUACGCCGCAUUGUGACGGAUACUAUGAAAAAUGUUCAUCCCAUUUACAAUAUAAAAGCUUUGAUGAUUAAACGUGAACUAGAACGAAAUCCUAAGUUAAAAAAUGAAAAUUGGGAUAGGUUUUUGCCUAACUUCAAACCCAAGAAUGUGCCUAAAAAGAAAUCCACAAAGAAACCAAAGAAACCAUACACUCCAUUCCCACCGCCUCCUGCAGAGAGCAAGAUAGACAAACUAUUAGAAUCAGGUGAAUACUUCCUCAAAGAAGAUGAGAAACAAAAGAGGAAAAAGAAAGUCAAAGAAGAUAAGCAGAAGGAAGCUAAAAUCAAAAGGGAAGCAAGACGUAAUAUGGCAUUUAUUCCUCCUGUUGAAUAAAAACUGAAAACAAAUGUAAAUGUAUAUAAGUGAGAAUAUGAUGAUUUUUAAUUUUAUUAAAUAUUAUUUUUUAUUAAUUAAAAGUUGAGUACUGUGAUAAUUUCAUAUAUUUUAACCUAACCUAUAGUUAGUUAGUAACUGCCAUGCCUCUAAUUUUGCUCCAGAUCUAUAUGAUAUUUUAAAUAUAUUGGAAGAUGUCUCAUGUUUGAUAAUAGAAAAUUUACAGAUGUCUUCAAGUAUAAAAUAUAUUACUUGAAAUAAAACAAUAUUUAAACAAAGCUUCUUUUUCGAAGUACGGACAGAGGUAGAUUCUGCUUGAAUAGCUAUAAUACAUAACCAGAAUUAAGUAAUAUACUUAUAUUAUUUUAGUUAAAUGUUGAUAUAAUAUUU